ACCACUUACCAGUGUAAUUUCAACAGUGGUGACCGAUGGACGUACGAUUCAGUGCUGUGGGAGUUUCAAACGCGUGUUUGAGGAAUAUCUUAAUAAUGAUAUUUGAGUGAUAUUUAGUGGGUUUUAGUGAUAUUGUUGGAUUUGUUUUUGAGUUUGAGACGUGAGGCGGUGUGCGCGUGAGUGCCUGCGUCCCGAAAAUUCCCGAGCGCCCCCGACGUUUGCCGAUUGGUUCCAGAAGCUAGAAAAUGAAGGGGUGGGAAUUAUGCCUCUUGGGCCUUUUGGGCUUGGCUGUGGGACAGGGACCUGAGAAACGUCGGACGGGUAAUGUCUGUUCCGUGGAUAUGGAUUGUCCGGACAACGCGUUCUGUCGGCUCGGCAGCUACUGUGUCUGUAAGGACGGGUUCGUGUAUGCUGCUGUUAAUAGCACGCAUAAGGGGUGUUUGAAAGAGGCCCGCAUCGGCGAGGAAUGCGUGCAACACAUCCAGUGCCACUCGACGACUGGCAUCCAUUCGGAGUGCGCUAAUGGCGUGUGUGCCUGCGCACCCACCGCGCACUUCGAAGAUGAUCGCUGUUAUGAGACUGCUGUGAUCGGCGACCGUUGCGUAGUGGAUCAGAACUGCUACCUAGGGGACCAGGGGGCUGAGCGACAGGCCUUCUGUGUCCGAGGGUACUGCACCUGCCAGUUGCAAUUCAGUCCUAGAGACAAUGGCACAAGAUGUGUCCGCGACGCGACUCUGGGCGAGGAGUGUGAGGAUCAGCUGCAGUGCGCGGGCGCAGGCCUGGAGUGCAGGGGCACUUGCAGGUGUAGGGACAACUGGGUCGCGCAUAAUGGUACCAACUCGUGUGUGGAAUCCGUAAAAUCCCUAAACGACUCAUGCGAAUACGACGUGCAAUGCGACGGUCUAGCCGGGCUGCCUGAAGCACGGUCACCGGGCGCCGCGCUGUGUCUCGGCGGGGCCUGUGCUUGCGCAUACAACGCUGUGCCGGCUGGUAAUCCGCCGAGGUGCUGGCAUCGCAGGCGGCCGGGACAGGAGUGUAGGAGAGAUGAGGAAUGUGUAUCUGAAGAAAAUGAACCCGGCUACUGUUUAGCAGGUCGCUGCACUUGCAAGACCUGUUCACCAGACGCUAAAGAUUUCGGCGGGGCCGCCACAUUUUCCCGCCCGCCAUUGUACCUCUCCGCCAUCUUGUCAGUGGCCGCCAUCUUGAGAUACCAGCUUUGAGAAACAAAUUGUUAAUAUUAUUAUUUGUUAUUAAGUAGAUUUGUUUAAGGAAAGAUGAUAUUAGUCGAAUGUUUGAUGGUAAGAUAAAAAAACUGCAUAUUUUUCGUUGCAAUGAAUCAACCAGUGGGAAAAAUAAUUGAAGUGGAAGUUAAAAAAGUUGUAAAGCGUUCAGAAAUCAUGAAAUCGCAUUCCAUAGAGCAUAAUAUUCUUUUAAAAUAAAUGAUAAUAAUACUGGAUGUCAAUUAAUGUAGGUACGUAAACAAUAUUAUUUAUUAAGAACAGAUCCAAGAAUAUUUUCGUACCUAGAUUAUUUAAAACUAUAAUCGAACAAAUUAAUGCCCGACCGAAAAACUGCACAGUGUUACAAAAACUAUAAUUUAUAGAAAAAAUUAAAAUAUUAUAUUUCCGCACAAUGCUUAGUUUAUAGGAUGUUACAUUGUUCGUAGUUUAUUUCAAAGUUUAUUUAAGUUGUAAAUAAUAUUGUUGUUGUUAAACUUUGUAAAUUUUAAGCGUAGAUAUAAUAAUUUCACGUAGAAACAGUAUUUUGCGAGUGCAAUUUUAUAUAUUUGUUUUAAUUAUGAAUGGGUAGUGUUCAUGCCAAAGAAAUGUACACAAAUAUUGAAUGUAUUGUGUAAAUAAAUAUUAUUUAUUUUAAAA